AUGAAGAAUAAUGAAGAUAUAAGAAGCAAUAAUAGUUCCUUUACAUGUUGUUUAGAAAAUGAUCGUGUGAGGAAAGAAAUUCUUUUGAGAGAUAUUUGUAUCAAUGAAACGUAUGGUAGUGAAAAAGAAAACAAGGAGAGCAUAAAAAAUAAUAAGAAUAUUGAAAUAAAAAAAAAAAAUAUGAGUGUUAUUCAGAUACAUAAAUUUAUUAAUAAAUUAAAGAAUACAAGUAUUACUGAAUUAGAAAAGAAUCAUUUAAAAUUAUUACAAGAAGAUAUAAAACGUUUAAAUAUAAGUAAAUAUAUUGGUGAAAUAUUAAGUUAUAUAUUUGAUUUGUGUUAUCAUGUUAAUAAAUAUUCAGAGAUUUAUCUCUUAAUACAUAUAAUUAAAUAUAUAUAUGAGACGUAUAAAAAUGUAAAUGAGCAUAUUGAAAAAAUAAUUUUCUUAAAAUUUUUUAAGUUAGAAGAAAAUGAUAAAAAUUUCUUUUUUAUUAUAUUUCAUGAUUUAUAUAAUAAUAUUAAUGACAAAGAAAAUAAAUAUGGAAUAAAUCGAACAACAAAAAGGGAAGAUAAGAAGGAGCACAACACGAUCCACAAUAAUAAUAAUAAUAAUAAUAAUAGUGAUGAUGAUGAUAAUAAAGACAAGAAUAAUAAUUAUGUGGUGAAACAUAACAAAGGAAUAACAAAUUCAUACAUGUCCAAUAUAAAUAAUGUAAAUGAUGUAAAUAAUGUAAAUGAACAGGAUAACAUAUUCAAGAACAAUAAAAAUUCUGAAAAUUGUUAUUCAGGAAAUCGAAAUAAUAAUCAAUAUGAAAAUGGGUAUCAAAAUGAUGACAAAAAUAAUGAUGAGAAUGAGGAUCAGAAUGAGGAUGGAGGAAAUAUUUAUAAUCUUAGUAAUUUUAACAAGAUUAAGAAUGAUAUCUUUAAAAAAUUAACUUCCUCUUUUAUGUUAAAAGAAAAUGAAGAAAAAGAUAAUUUCAUUUUUGAAUUUGAUAUAUUUGAACACCAACAUAGUGAUAUAAAACUUAUUAAAAAACUUAAUGUAGAUAAAAAAGUGUAUAUAAAAGAAAUGUUCAAUAAUGUUAAUAUAAUGAAAAAUAUAGAAAAGAAAAAUAAAAUCAGAAAAAUUUUAUUAUGUCUAUAUUUUGAAUUACUUUUUUUAAAAAUAUGUAAUAAUAAAAAUUUAUUUUUAUAUAUGUUUAUAAAUAUUACAUUUUUCUUUUCUUUAAAAUUUUAUCCUUAUAUGGAAGAGCAAAAUAAAAUAACAAAUUGUACCUCUCAAGCAAAAAAAGAAAAUAAUACAAUAUUGUAUGGUAAUAAUAAUAAUAACAGCAACAAUAAUAAUAACAACAGCAACAACAACAAUAAUAAUAACAACAGCAACAACAACAAUAAUAAUAACAACAACAACAAUAAUAACAACAACUACAACAAUAAUAAUAAUAAUAAUAAUAAUAAUAAUAACGGAUGUGAUCUUUUAUGUAAUAUUAAAAAGUGCCUACUAAUAAAUACUAUAACAACAUAUGAUUAUUUUUUCAAUAAUACAAGCAGUAUAUUAAUAGAUGAAAGCUUUUUUAAAAGUACAUCAACAUGCAAAAAAAAUUAUGACAUAAUUACGAAUGGCCCACCAGACGAAAAUACAAACAUUUCUUUAAAUAUCUCUUCCUUGUUAGGAAAUGUAAAGAAUAUGAAAGUAUAUAUUACAAACUUUGUUUCGACUUUUUAUUAUACUAGUAUGUAUUCUUCUCUCGUAUAUUUUUAUGCAGAACAUGUAAUAAAUGAGUAUAGUAACAGAAAUAAUUAUACCCAUAUUACAUAUAUUAAUAAUAGUAUAAAUCAAAAUAAUACUAAUAAUUAUUCUAAUAAUAAUAAUAAUAAUAAUAAUAUUAAUCAUAAUAGUAAUAAUUAUAACAAUCAUAAUGUUAUUAUUAAUAAUAGUAAUUAUCUUCAUAUUAGUAAUAGCACGCAACAUAACCUUUUUAACAAAAAACAUAUGCUUUAUAAAGAUGAAUAUGAUUUUUUCAAAAUAUACGAGAGGAGCAAACAUAUUUGUAAUCUCUUUAAAUUAACCCACAUAAACUUAGAAGAUAUACAAAUAAAUGCUAUCAACAUACUUGGUUUAAACAUAGAAAGUUAUAACCAUAUAAAAAUUUUUGAUCAUAUCAAAAAUAAAAAUGAAAAAGAUAAAGAAAUUAUAAUAGACGAAAAUAAUUCAGUAUGGAUUAAUGAUGAAGAAAAAGCAUUUUAUACUAUUUUUCCAGACUAUUCAAAUAUAAAUAUUUUUAUUAACGAAGAUGAUGAGGAGGAGGAUAAUCAAAAUGAAAACUGUUAUCAAAAUAAUGUAGUGCAUUGUGACAAAAUUAUUUCAACUCUUACUACUAAUCAUACCAUCAUGUCUUCUAACACACAAAAUAAAUCCGAUGUACAAAAAAUUAAAUAUUCUAUAUUAAAGAAGGAAACAAUUAAAAAGGAUAAACUAAACCCAAUGAACAGCUUGAACGUAACAUCUUCUCAUGAUAAAGACACAAAAGGGAAUCUUGAUGAUGGCGAUUGUAUAAAUAAUAGUACCAAUCAAAAGAAUAAUACUUUAAUACAAAUAGGCCAGAAAAAAUCAAAAAUGAAAGAAAACACACCAAAAAAUUUAGCUACUGUGAUAAAACAAUCUGGUGUGGUGAACCCGUCCGGUGUGGUGAAUUCAUCCAGUGGGGUGAACCCAUCCAGUGUGGUGAAUCCAUCCAAUGGUUGCAUUAUUUCUCACAGUUCUUAUAACCAAGGAAACCUUAAAAAUAAGGAACAGAACUUCAAAAUUUAUAUAGAAAAACUUUUAAACAUGAACAAUGAGAAAGAUAUAGAAAAUUACGUUAUGCUUUUCCUAUUAAAUUAUAAUACGAAAAAGAAAAGGAAGAUUAUCGCAAAUAAUAUUAUAUAUAUAAAUAAAGUAACAUUAAAUUUAAUUCCAUAUUAUUGUCGAUAUAUUUGUAUAAUAAAUAAGUAUGCUAAAGAUAUGUAUCCUAUAAUUAUUGAUGAAUUAAAAAAAAUUACUGAGAAAAUAAUAAAAGAAAAAGUACCAUGUGAGAAUAAAAAAACGAAAUGUAUAAAAUAUAUAUGUGAACUAACAAAAUUUAAAUUAUUAGAUUUAUCAUAUAUAUUAGAUAUUAUAUCUAUAUUAAUAGAUAAUUUUACUAUUGAACAUGCGGAGUUAUGUUUUUUUAUUUUAGAAAAUUGUUCUUUUCUUUUAUUAAAUAAUCCUAGGACACAUAUACGUUUCUUAAAUUUAUUUGAGAAAUUAAAAAAAAUAAAAAACACAAAAAAUUUAACAGAAAUGUUAGAAUUAUCUUUUGAAGAAUGUUCUAUUAAAAUAGAAAAUUUUAUAACAAAAAAUAAUAUGUAUACAUCAAAUAAUAAUAGUAAUAAUAAUAAUAGUAAUAAUAAUAAUAAUAAUAAUAAUAAUAUUGUUAAAAGAAAGAAAAAGAAAUAUACUGUUGAACAAGAACAGAAAAAAUAUUUUCUUAAAAAAUUAUUAUUUGAAGAUAUCGAAUAUAAAGAUACAGAAAUUAUAUGUAAAUAUAUAAGAAAAUUUAAUUGGAAUGAUUCUUUUUUUUUAUAUAUUUUAAAAAAAUAUAUUUUUAAAUAUUUAAUGUAUAUGAGUAUAUAUCAAAUAAAUAAUUUAACAUCUUUAUUAUAUCAACUAGCUAAAUAUAAACCCCAAUUUGUAAUACACAUAAUCGAUGAAUUAUAUGAAAAAAUUCUUAAUACUUUAGAAUCGAAUGAUUUUAAGCAAUUUACCUUUUUAAUACAAUAUACACAUUUAUUUGCUGAUUUAUAUAAUUAUAAAAUAUUAAAUUCUACAAAUGUAUUAGAUUUGCUGUAUUAUUUGAUAUCCUUAACAGAUAUAAAUAUAUGUUACAUGCAUGAAAUUAAUUACUUGUAUCCCUUUUUUUCCGAAAAUAAAAAAUUCAUAGAACAUAUAAAAGUCGGCAUAUCCAAUAUUGGAAAUGUGGAUUCUGAAUCUAAUAAAAUCACAACAAUUUUGGAUAUGAACAGAAACACAAAUGAAAUUCAGCAAAAGGAUCUAGAAAAAAAACAAACUUGUCUGAUAUAUUCAACUGAUGAAACGGAUGAAGAAAAUACAAUAUAUAAUAAAAAAAAAAAAAAUGUAUAUGACGGUGAAAAGUGUAUAUGUGAAGAUUCUUUUUUUUCGUAUGACUAUUAUAAAGAGGAUUUUUAUAAAUAUUUAUUCAUUAAUAAAAACAAUCCAAUUUUUUUUCACAUACUUAAUGAUUUACAAAAUUGUACUUUUAUAAAUAUAAAAAUGAUAUGUAUUAUUUUAGAAAAAUGUGCUAAAUAUUUUAACACACAAUUAUUAAAAUAUAAAUUAAAUAAAUUUCUUUUAUUUUUCAUUAGAUUCCUUUUAGUUCUGGAACCCUUACCUAUGUACAUAAAAAAUAUUACAGAUCAUGUUAUCGAUUAUAUAGCACAAGAAAUGAAAUACUUUAAAUCUAUCGAGACACUAGAUAAAUAUUUAUUUAAGAUAUUAAAUACAGAAUAUAAAAUAUAUUUAAAUGCAAAAUUAAAAAUCAAAGAUUCAAAGAAUAUAAAGAAAUAUUAUAUAACCGAUGAUGAUUUAAUUUUUAAGUUGGACCAUCAAGAUAUUAAUCACGAGAAUAAUAUUUCUUCCCAUUAUAAAAAAUCACAGAAAAACGAUGAACCCCAAAACAACAACAAUAAUAAGAAUAAUAAUAACAAUAAUAAGAAUAAUAACAACAAUAAUAAGAAUAAUAAUAACAAUAAUAAGAAUAAUAAUAACAAUAAUAAUAAUAAGAAUAAGAAGAAUUAUUAUCAUAACAGUCAUUUUUGCAGUACUACACAUUCUUUUAAAACCUACAACCCAUACACCAUUCCACAAUAUUCUAAUAAUAAUAAUAAUCAAAAGACAUUGAAUGAACAGACAGGAUUAGAGUCCGUUAAUUACGAACAAGAAAAUAUGGACAAAGAAAUUAAAGACAUAAUUAAUCAAGCAAUACAUGAAAACAAUAAAAUAAAGAAAGAAAGCAAAGAUAUAAAACCUAGGAAUAUUAAAAAUAUUACUUUAUAUACUAAUUUAAUAAAAAAACGGGGCAAACAAAAUUUACACGUAUAA